AUGAAUGCGGACACGCUUGUGCGCGUGCGCACUGCCUGGGGCGGGACUUCCGGCGGCGUCCUCGUGGUGCUGGGUAUCCGGAUGAGGAGGGGCCCCGUGGCAUCGGCAGGAAUGCUUCUGGCACCUGCAGAGACAGAUGACUCGGACUUUGGCUGUCUGCGAGGCCAGAUCUGCGAGACCCCCAAGGGGUGGGGCUCCCCCGUGCUUGGCCCAGAGCUUAGCACUUGCUUUCCUGUUCCCUUUCCACCUGUUUACUUUGUGCUAGACACAGUGAGAGGGAGUGAGCGGGCCCAGUGCCAGCUGGCCCGGCACCUCUUCCGCUUUGGGACAGGGGAGUGGGGCCUCCUCGAUGAGACUCUGAUGCCUGUACUGCCGUGUGAUGCUGGAGAGCUCUGCACUUCGCGCAUGACUAGAGUCAGGGCUGUCCUGUCAUGGACGCUGGCCAGGGUGAGCUCUGCACAGAAGGCCUCACUGUCUCGAGUCCCCCUGGCCCAUGAGCAGUACUCUGGCCUCAUCCUUGGUCUCGGUUUCACGGGUUCAGGGCUUCUCAGGCGGUUGGUUGGCGCAGAGGUGACGGAGUGGGAGAGCGCGGAGAGAGUCGCUGUCCUCAUCGCUGAGGCGGCUGCGAGGCGCCCUCGCCCUGCCCGGUGCCGAUCCCAGCCCGGCUCUUCCCCACUGGUCGGAGGCGCAGGCCGCGCCGGUGAAGCCGGCGCAGAUCCUUCCACGGUUACCCAUUUUUCAUGGUCUCCUGUCUCCUUCCCAUAGGGUCCCGUGGCGGUGGCAGAAAUGCUUAUGGACCCCGUGCAGAGCCGCGUGGUCUUUGAGGACGUGGCCAUACACUUCUCCCAGGAAGAGUGGGGCCUCCUUGAUGGAGCUCAGAGACUCCUGUACCGUGCUGUGAUGAUGGAGAACUUGGCGCUUCUGUCCUCCCUAGGUUGUUGGCAUGGAGCACAGGACGAGGAGGCAUCACAGGUCAGGACUCCAAAGCCAGACUCUUCCGUCCAGGAGGCCCAGUGUGAGAAAGACAUGUUGCCCUCGGCUGAGCAGGAUGGAAUGUACUCUGAUCGGGAACUAUAUAUUUGUGGGGCAAACCAAAAGGAAUGGAUUGAAGACCAGUUUUCUAGAAGGGAGGAGGGGAGGCCUUCCUCUGCAACGAACGACAGUGUUCACGUGGCAGAGAGUAGUUGCACGUGCUGCAAAGACGGAAAGGACUUUCCGGCCGGCACAGGCCUGCCCCAGCACCUGACCCCUCGCCGUGCAUUGAAACCACACAGGGACCCCGAGUGCGGGGAGGCCUUUGAAAGCGGACAGAGUGAUUACAAGUGUAUUCAGUGCGGGAAGGCCUUCAGGCAAAAACAGGUACUUGGUGAGCACCAGAAAAUCCACACUGGAGUAAGACCUUACGAGUGCAGCAAAUGUGGGAUGGCCUUCAUUAGAAAGUUCCACCUUGUUCAGCACCAGAAAAUCCACACUGGAGAAAGGCCUUUUAAGUGCAGUGAAUGUGGGAAAUUCUUUCGGUAUAACUCCACACUCGUUAGUCACCAGAGAGUUCACACUGGAUUAAGCCCUUAUGAAUGUAGCAAAUGUGGGGAAUUCUUUAAGUACAAUGCCAACUUCAUGAAACAUCAGAAACUUCACAAUGGAGAAAGGCCUUAUGAAUGUAGAGAAUGUGGAAAAUUCUUUAGGUACAACUAUAGACUCAUACGACACGAGAGGGUUCAUACUGGAGAAAGGCCUUAUGAAUGCAGCGAAUGUGGGAAAUUUUUCAGGUACAGCUCCACGUUCAUUAGGCAUCAGAGAGUUCACACUGCAGAAAAGCCUUAUGAGUGCAAUGAAUGUGGCAAGUUCUUUAGGUACAAUUCCACACUCAUUAAACAUCAGAGGGUUCACACUGGAGAAAGGCCUUAUGAGUGCAGGGAAUGUGGGAAAUUCUUUAGGUACACCUCUACGCUCAUUAGACAUCAAAGAGUUCACACUGGAGAAAGGCCUUAUGAGUGCAGCUUGUGUGGGGAAUUCUUUAGGUACAAGUCCAAACUCAUGAAACAUUGGCAAAAUCACACUGGAGAAAGGCCUUAUGAGUGCAGCGAAUGUGGGAAAUCCUUUAAGUACCACUGCAGACUCAUUAGACAUAAGAGAGUUCACACUGGAGAAAGGCCUUAUGAGUGCAGCGUGUGUGGGAAGUUCUUUCGGUACAACUCCAACCUUAUUAAACACUGGAGAAAUCACACUGGAGAGAGGCCUUAUGAGUGCAGCGAAUGCGGGAAAGCCUUUAGCCACAAGCAUAUACUUGUUGAGCAUCAGAAAAUCCACACUGGAGAAAGGCCGUAUGAGUGUGGCAAAUGUCAGAAGGCCUUCAUUAGAAAGUCCCACCUCGUUCAUCACCAGAAAAUCCACAAUGAAGACAGAUCUUACAAGUGCGGUGACUGUGGGAAAGCCUUCUGCCGGAAAUACAGACUCACCCAGCAUCAGAGAGUCCACACGGGAGAAAGGCCAUAUGAGUGCAGCGAGUGUGGGAAAACCUUCAGCUACAAACACAUACUCGUCCAGCACCGGAGAGUCCACACUGGAGAGAGGCCUUACGAGUGCGGCGCGUGUGGGAAAGCCUUCAGUAACAAACCCACACUCGUUCGGCACCAGCGAAUUCACACUGGAGAGAGGCCUUAUGAAUGCAGUGAGUGCGGGAAAUUCUUUAGCCAAAGCUCCAGCCUUAGUGAACAUCAGAGGAUUCACACUGGGGCACGGCCUUAUAAAUGUGGUGAGUGUGGAAAAUUCUUCACCUCCAACUCCAACCUGAUUAAACACCAGAGAGUCCACACGGGAACAAGGCCUUAUGAGUGCAGCCAAUGUGGGAAAUUCUUUAACCAAAGCCCCAGCCUCAUUAAACACCAGAGAAUUCACACUGGUGAAAAACCUUAUGAAUGUAGCGAAUGUGGGAAACUCUUUAGCCAAAGCUCCACCCUCAUUAAGCACCAGAGAGUUCACACCGGGGCAAAGCCUUACAAGUGCAAUGAAUGUGGGAAACUUUUUAGCCAGAGCUUUGGCCUCACUCAACACCACAGAGUCCACACAGGAGAAAAGCCCUACGAGUGCCAUGCCUGUGGGGAAUCCUUUAGCCACAGCACACAACUUACUCAGCACCGGAAAGUUCACACCACAGAGAGCUCUCCCCAGUGCAGGAGCUGUGGAGAAGUCUUCCACCACCGGUCAGCUCUCAUCGACCACCAGAAACUCCACAGCCCCGCUCGACCUCAUGAGUGCACUGAAUGUGGGAAAGCCUUCAGCCGCAGGUCUAACCUCCUGCGACACCAGAAAGUUCACAGGGGAGGAGGGCCUUAG